UUGAUAUAAAAAUCACAGCUCCCAACUGUUUCUGCUUGCUGACACAGACUUCCUAGUGGUAGGCAAAAUGGCUUUUCAUUCUGUAUUUCUGGUUUUCUUAGCUGGCCUGGCACUUUGCUCUGAAGCUGCACCACCGUCCCCCCUUGAUGCCAAGCAUCCUCUUUUCGUAAAAGUUGUGGAUUCAGUCCGAGGAAGUCCGGCUUCGAACGUUGCAGUUAAAUUAUAUAAAGAAUCUGCAGAUGGAGCUUGGGAACUCUUAAGUUCAAAACAAACCAAUGACAAAGGAGGCCUCCCAGAGCUUACAACUAAAGAACAAUUUGUAGCAGGGUUAUACAAGCUUGAGCUUGAUACAGCCUCUUACUGGAAGAGUCUGGGCUUGAAUCCCUUCCACCACCAUGCUGAUGUGGUGUUCACAGCAAAUGAUGCUGGUAAUCGGCAUUACAAGAUUGUUGUUGUACUUAGUCCCUUCUCUUACUCAACUACAGCAGUAGUUAGUGAGCCAGUGGAAUAGAAGCUGACAUUAAGCAUGAAAAUUCAGUUGUGUAAAUUAAAAUUUCCAUAAAUGAUAAGAACUUAGUAUCUGACUGUAUUGACAGCAUUAGAUUUCAUAGUAAAUCACUAACAGUAACUUUUUUACUCACUUUGUUAAAUUUAGGGAGAAAGUGCAUUGACUUUGUUUUCAAAUACUCUUCUGAAUAAAAGUAUUCUGCAUUUCUGUAUUGUCAAUAUUGCC